GAUUAGGCGUGUGUCGUUGGGAACUCUAUUCCGCCGCGGCAGGGAGAAAACGGAAAGUUAUUAUUCUCCCACAGUGUUACUUGGUUUCGGCUGCCCUAGGAGCAGAUGUCACGGAUCGGACUCCUUCCAAGAAUCCAAAGAAAAGAGGAGAGGAAACAACCCAAGAAAAGGCCUUUAGGGUUCCAAAUCUCGCUGUUCUGAUCCCCGCGCGUCUCGAGCGAAGGCGGGGGAUUUGGCGUCGCUUUCCGCCGCGAAUCGGAUGGACGCGGCGGCCGAGGAGGUGGUGGCGGGGACGCCGAUUGGGCGGCGGCAGGAGGCUUUCUUCUGUGGUUAGUCUGGGCGGGGGUGUUAUCGUCUGUCGCUCCUGUGGAAGCCAUGGGCUGCGUCUGUGGCAAGCCCUCCGCGAUUGAGGACAGCAGGGAGAGCCCGAGGGGGAGGCCGCCGGCGCCGUAUACUGUGUCGGCGGCGCCGACGAAGCUGUCGGCAUCGGUGGAGCGAACGGCGGCCACGGCGGUGACGGUGUCUUCUUUGAGGCGCGAGGAGGUGGUGACCCUUAGGGGAGACGGAGGCGCGGUGUUGGUCGCGGAGAAGAAGCACAUGAGUGGUCCGAUUAGGGCUAAUGCACAGGAUGUUGAGAGGAGGAGGGAGAGGCUGGCUUACUCCAGUCAUCCUAUGAGGGUGGCUGGCGGUGUUCCGAAGGCUAUGGAAGGCGAGCAGGUGGCGGCUGGGUGGCCGCCCUGGCUUGCAGCGGUGGCCGGAGAGGCCAUUCGGGGUUGGGUGCCUCGCCGUGCGGAUUCCUUUGAAAAACUUGACAAAAUUGGCCAAGGAACUUAUAGUAAUGUUUAUAGAGCCCGUGAUCUUGAUAAUGACAAAAUUGUGGCUUUGAAAAAAGUGCGAUUUGACAGUCUGGAGCCUGAAAGUGUAAAGUUUAUGGCUAGAGAAAUUCUCAUUUUGCGCAGGCUUGACCAUCCAAAUGUAAUAAAGUUGGAAGGCUUAGUUACAUCACGGAUGUCUUGCAGUUUGUACCUUGUUUUUGAGUACAUGGAACAUGAUCUUGCUGGGCUUGCUUCUUUCCCUGGACUCAAGUUUACCGAACCCCAGGUAAAGUGUUACAUGCAACAGCUGCUAUGUGGGCUUGAUCAUUGUCAUAGUCGUGGGGUUCUGCAUCGAGAUAUUAAGGGUUCCAAUCUCUUAAUUGACAACAGUGGCAUCUUAAAACUUGCAGACUUUGGCUUGGCAAGCUUCUUCGAUCCUGAUCAUCGACACCCAUUGACAAGUCGUGUAGUUACUCUGUGGUAUAGACCCCCAGAGCUCUUACUUGGAGCCAGUAAUUAUGGGGUUGCUGUGGAUUUGUGGAGCACUGGUUGCAUUCUUGCUGAAUUAUAUGCAGGCAAGCCUAUAAUGCCGGGAAGGACAGAGGUAGAGCAGUUACACAAAAUAUUCAAGCUUUGCGGUUCUCCUUCUGAUGAAUAUUGGAGGAAAUCUAAGUUGCCUCAUGCCACCAUUUUCAAACCACAACAACCUUACAGGCGAUGUGUUCCUGAAACAUUUAAAGACUUCCCUCCAUCAGCUUUAGCAUUAAUAGAUGUCCUCCUUUCAAUAGAUCCAGCAGAUCGUGGAACUGCUUCUUCUGCCCUUAAGAGUGAGUUCUUUACAACGAAGCCCCUUGCUUGUGAUCCUUCAUGCUUGCCUAAAUAUCCUCCAAGCAAAGAAUUUGAUGCAAAACGUCGGGACGAGGAAGCUCGAAGGCAAGGGGCUGCUGGAGGCAAGGUGCAUAGACUUGACCUUGAAAAGAGAGGACUAAGAGAAUCUAGAGCAAUUCCUGCACCUGAUGCCAAUGCUGAGUUAGCCACAUCAUUGCAGAAAAAGCAAAGCCAGUCCAAUAUCAAAAGCAGAAGUGAGAAGUUCAAUCCACAUCAGGAGGAGGUUGCUUCUGGAUUUCCAAUCGAGCCACCUCGGCCAACUCCAGUCCUAGAAGCAACUGAGGAUUCUCAAUCUCAUUACCCUAACAGGUCAUCCUAUUCUGGGCCUUUGGUCCAUCGAAGUCAACGAUCAAGAGCUCGGAAGAAUGAGGAUGACAUACCUAAGCCUACUGCAGUUGCUAAUAUAUCAGAUUUGUCUGGAUUAAUGGCAGGAAGGAGGAACCUUUUAUCAGAUGAUGGCAGUGAAAUAAUUGGUGCUCAAUUAAAAGCAAUUGCCCCAGUAGGCAGGUUGUCCGAAUCUGGUAAUGAGCCCUCAGAUGCUAUCACAAAGUAUGAUCAAAUAUAUCAUGGGAAAGAAGAUGACAGGAGCAGCAACAUGGAUCAAUCUAUUCAGCAGAGUUGCGGAACUAAGGGAACCAAGAUCCACUAUUCUGGGCCGCUACUGCGCCCAUCAGGCAAUGUUGAUCAGAUGCUCAAGGAUCAUGACCGCCAGAUCCAAGAAGUCUUCCGACGGGCUCGGCUCGACAAGUCAAAAGUUAGGAAAGUUCAGGGCAAUGGUAACCAAAUUGGUGCCAAGCCGAGCGAUUUUGGCGCUAUUCCAGUGUAUCCCUCCAGCCGUGGGUCAUCGAUUCCAGUUUUUACUUCAAAUCGUGGACCUGUGCAGUAGAUGCUGCAGAAACGACUGCUGAAGUUUAGCAAUUGAUGUGAGGUUGGAACAACUGGAGCGGCUUUGGCUUCUUCACAAUUGGGGAAUUGUGGGUCUUUUGGCUGUCGGGUGAGAUUGCAGUCUCAGGGCAUGUACAGAGGUCUUUUUAUUGCUUGUCUAGUAUGAAUCUUUGUAAUGGAGAAAUGAUUUAUUAAUUGAGGUGAAUCUUAGCCAUCUAAAUCGAAUUGAAUUUGAGCUCUA